AUGGCGAGAAAGACGUGCUUCAUAGCGAUACUGUGGUUGUGUUUGCUAGCAUCCGAUCACUGUACCGCACAAACGACUAUCGGCGCCAGCGUAGUGCUUGAUCCGCAGGAUGUGACAGUGAUCGUCGGUGAACGGCAGCAGAUUUUUGCCAAAGUGCGUGGCAUGUUAUCACAGGAUGUGUGGUUAAAUUUCUCCAAAGAGCAUGCUGAUCUCGUUGAAAUUCUUCCCGACUCGAUACCAGUCAGUACGGCCAUUGAUGGCUUUAUUGAUCGUGCGUAUGAAGUCUCACUGCUCGGACUGUCGCCUGGUCAGUUCGAUCUGGUAGCGGAAGCAGUACCGACCGGGGUGCUUGACGAUGCCGCCGCGUUCAUUCGCGUAACGGUGGCAAACUCACAGGCAAUCAUUGUGAUUUCGAGCGUAAUUGGAUGGAUCUACUUCGCUGCCUGGACCGUUUCCUUCUGGCCACAGAUGAUCAUCAACUAUCGGAGGCAGAGUGUGAUAGGGCUUUCGUUCGACUUUCUUAUGCUGAAUCUCGUUGGCCAUUCGGUGUACGCUGCGUUCAACUGUGCGCUGUUCUGGAGCGGAUACAUCGAGCAGGAGUAUCUGGACCGUAAUCCGCGUGGUCUUAACCCGGUGCUUACGAACGAUGUGGCUUUUUCGAUACACGCUACGAUCGCUACUCUGCUCACUGUGGGACAGUGCUUUAUUUAUGAGCGUGGCGAACAAAGGGUGUCCCGAAUUGCGUGGGGAAUUAUGGUGAUCUUCGCGAUCGUUAUCGUCGUGGCGGGAAUUCUCGUCGGUACGGAAACCUUCCACUGGCUGGACUUUUUGUAUGUGCUGAGCUACAUUAAGCUGUCGAUAACGUUGAUCAAAUAUGUGCCGCAGGCGGCACUCAACUUCCGGCGCAAGAGCACGGUCGGUUGGAGUAUAGAGAACGUGCUGCUCGACUUUACCGGUGGUAUGCUCAGUAUGCUGCAGAUGCUGCUGAACGGAUACAAUUAUGAUGAUUGGGCUUCCAUUUUCGGAGAUCCUACCAAGUUUGGGCUUGGAUUGUUUUCGGUACUGUUCGACAUCCUCUUUAUAGUGCAGCACUACGUCCUCUAUAGCACACCGAAAAAACGGAUCGAUCCUAUCGAAUCCAAUCUAGAAACAUUGCUCAAACAACCGCAUGCCAUUACCACGAUCUGGAUUUUGGGAUUAUUUUUCAUUGCAUCGACAACGGCUCAAGCCAACAAACCCCCGCUGCGUUUACAAUUUGGCCCACAGGACACAACCGUUAUUGUGGGCGAGAGUAAAAAUGUAACGCUACGAUUGCACGGUCCGCUGUCUGAGCGUGUGACAGUCAACUUUACCCAGACCAACGUUACUAAUGGGAACGACUAUGUGCAGCUGACGCCUGACUUGAUUGAAUACGAUCCUCCGACUUCCAAUUUUAUCGAUCGUUCCGAACACAUCACACUGCGAGGAUUGCGGGCCGGGAUAUUCGAUCUACUGGCACACCUUUCACCGGCUAGUGAUCGACUGAUCGACCUAAGCCAAGCGUUCGUGCGCGUUACGGUAGCAAAAUCCUGGACCCUAAUCAACGUGUCGUCGGUGAUCGGAUGGACGUACUUUCUCGCCUGGACAUGGUCAUUUUGGCCCCAGAUAUGGGAGAAUCGGACACGUGCCAGCGUCGUAGGUCUUUCGUUCGACUAUCUUGCGCUGAAUCUGUUGGGGCACACGAUGUAUGCCGCGUUCAAUUGCGCAUUGUUCUGGAAUGGAUCCAUCCAGGAGGAAUAUUUGCACCGCAAUCCGAGAGGAUUGAUACCGGUGUUAGCGAACGAUGUAGCGUUUUCGUUGCAUGCCACAUUUGCCACAGGGUUGAUUAUUGUACAGUGCUUCUUUUACGAGCGUGGUCAGCAGAAAGUGUCCUACACGGCACGUGCCCUAAUGACGGUGUUUGCGCUAGUUGUGCUGAUAUCGGGUGUGUUGGUUGCUACCGGAACUUACCUUUGGUUAGAUUUCUUCUACAAUCUAAGCUAUAUUAAGCUGGCCGUUACUUUGGUAAAGUACAUACCACAGGCCGUACUAAACUAUCGGCGCAAAAGCACCGUCGGAUGGAGCAUCGGGAAUGUGUUGCUGGACUUUACCGGGGGAUCCUUUAGCAUGCUGCAAAUGCUAAUCAACGGAUACAAUUAUGACGAUUGGGACUCCAUUUUCGGGGAUGGUGCCAAAUUCGGGUUAGGACUCUUCUCGGUUCUGUUCGAUGUGCUCUUCAUUGUGCAGCACUAUGUCCUUUACAGAAAUUCCAAUUACAUCGAACUUCAGGGUGAAAGCUAUCCUGGUCCCGGGAGUGUUACGACCGCUCCCCGGCAGGGUGUUACUACCUAAACGAGAGUCUC